AAUUCUGAACUUGAAUCCUUUAUGUCUAAAUAUGGAGUAAAAUACGGAGUAUGCAGUAAAGUAAAACUACUUGCCUCCACUCACGGGCUGGAAUGCAGAGACUGACCCCAUGUCUAUUUCGCCGCUGCAACACGGCUUAGUAUGAUGGUCAACCGGCCCGCCUGUAGUCCUAGCAUGCUCGGCCAAUGAUCCCAAAGCUUUUUCUACUGUCCCCAGUCGGCAUCAUGUGCUCCAAUUGGGAUGUCCCUCUCAGGUUCAUGCUCGACACGAAGUGGAUGGAUAGAUCUGGUCUCUUUGUUCUCGCUCUUCAAGAUGGAAUUGGAUAUACUUGACACUUGGCACUCGGCCGGUUGCGAAGUUGUUGAUGGGCGGAAUUGAUUUAUGAACCGGCGGAGUACGGAGAUGAGCUGGUCGGAUUCAUCCGUUGGUGGAUGAGCAAACUCUGUUGGAGCAGAUAGCGUCCCCCACUCUCUAAUUUGUCUUGUUAAGUGACAAAAGGCAUCCCCUUUCUGCCCGGAAAAAAUGGUACGCCGUGAAAUGACGCAAGGCAGUGCUGGUUAGCCGCGGGAUGGAGCGGUACAGACAACGUCGUUGAUAGAGAAUGGCAACGACAAGGACAGACGGUCUCACCCCCUGCUUUCUACUGAACCAGAAUCAGAUCUUAAGUUUUAUAUUUUGUGCUCUGCCGUCUACUGGGUAACGCAGCUGGACAUUGGGUCACCCACGGCUGACUUCUCUGUUCUGGAAAUCAGAGCUCAGAUCUUCAAACCCUGCCUCGACCUAGCCAUUUGGGAGGAUGUUGGCGUCCGUACGGUAAUCGUCGCUGACGGACCGCCAUUGGCUGGAGCGAGGGCACGCGCCUGUCGGCGGCCGUCAAUUAGAUCCCAGGAUGAUGGAUCUACAACAGAUCUUCGGCCAUGCUCUCCCGUCGGUCUGCGGUCUCAGGAUGAACGAUCUGCGGUCUCCCGCGUGCCAACGGCAGAUCUGGCUGGAUUCACGCAGAGAAUCUCAAUCAACCCAACCCCAGAGGGUCCGGUCUUACUCACACAGAUUUCCACUCGAUGACGGCCUGUGGAAGAAGCUCAAAUCUUUGGGGCCAAGACGAAGCACUGUUGGUCAACGGAGCACUGCUGGCCGGCGAAGCGGGUAUUACCUGCCGGAGUUGGAGCGAUGCUGGUCGGCGGGUAUCACCAACGGCAGAUCUGGCAGUAGGAGGAAAAUGCGCUGAUCUUUAAGAAGAUCUUUACGUCAUUCCUAUUUCGCCGUUGCAGUAUUCACCGGAACAGGAGAUUGGAGUGCCUCUUCCUCGUCUGGAUUGGGAUCCAGACUUUUAUUUUGAUGGAAUUUCCGUGCAGUCUCUCAGGGAGAACGGAAGGAUUCACCGCAAGGAUGAAUCUCUAAAAAUGGCAAAAAUUUGGUUGAAUUUUUUCGAGAGCAGGCUUGAUGCGUUCGACACUCUCAAUGAAAGCACCAUUGUUGG